CGCUUAUCAAAGCUAGCCCAGAAAACCUGCUCUUUCAGCUCAACAAAUAACAGCAGAUUACUGAAAGUCUAUCUCAGAGUAACAGAGAAGGCCCUGAAACGAAUUGAACGUGUAAAAUUUCGCUGAUAAGUUUACGCGAACCAAGAACAAGAGUCAUCUCAAAACUGGACGAUAUGGCACUUAACAAAUCUUUAAAUACCGUUAGGACAAUCGAAAUGAUUUAUUUGUGUGAAAAAUCUGUGUAAAAAGUUAUUUAUAAUCUUCAUUUCGCACGAUGUUUAUUCGGAAGAUUUGAAAAAACAACGUAGGGUUGAUCCCGAAUCUCCAGGAUGUCUACAGUGGGGAGAAGUGCCCAGUGUGUCAAUUCGGUAUCUUUGAAACCAAUAGAGGUUCCACAACCCCUUCAGAGCGGUGAAAAAUUCAUAAAAUGGGAUGAAGACUCUUGCGUAGGAGUGCCUGUGACCUUGAAAGUAGACAAGCAUGGAUUUUAUCUUCACUGGGUGGACCAACAUCAUGAAAUGGAUGUUAUUGACAUCGCAACCAUACGGGAUGUUCGCACUGCUAAACAAUCAAAAAUACCCAAAGAUCCCAAGCUUCGUCAAAUUGUCUCUAUGGGUAGUCUGGAUACCCUUGAAGAAAAAACAGUGACCGUAUGCUGUGCAAACGAUUUUGUAAAUAUAAAUUUUAUAAAUUUCUGUUGCACGAAAAAAGAAAUAGCUAGGCUCUGGACGGAUUCCUUGAUGAGUCUAGCCUACAAUCUGAACCAGAUAAAUGGUACAACUAACAUCUACCUACAAAAGGCUUACACGAAACUAACCCUUAUUACUGACAAAGCUGGAAAGAUACCAAUCAAAAAUAUUGUGAAGAUGUUUGGUCAACAUAAGGAUGACAAAAAAAGGAUAGAAUUAUGUUUAUCUAGUCUUGGUCUCCCAACUGGUAAAAAUGAGACUGUUGACCCUCAGCUUUUCAACUUCGAGAAAUUCUACGAUUUCUAUGAGAAGUUAACAUCAAGGAAUACAGAUGUGGGGAAAGUUUUCGAUAAAAUGACUGAUUCGAGACGUGAAUUGACAUCUUCUCAAUUUGUUGAUUUCCUGAAUAAAACGCAGAGAGAUCCAAGACUGAAUGAAAUCCUACACCCUUAUGCUAAUAGCGAUCGAGCAAAUGAAAUAAUUGCACAACAUGAAGAAGACAAGCACAAUAUAGAGAGGAAUUGUCUCUCUCUACAAGGAUUUUUGAAGUAUUUACUUUCCGAGGAUAACAACAUUAUGUCGAGCACAAAAUUCGAUUUGAACGAUGACAUGGAUCAAACUAUGGCUCACUAUUUUAUCAAUUCAUCACAUAACACUUAUCUCACUGGCCAUCAAAUCACUGGAAGAUCUAGUACAGAGAUGUACAGACAGAGUUUACUGGCAGGUUGUCGUUGCGUUGAAUUGGAUUUUUGGAAUGGAAGAACAGACGAACCAGUAAUUGUCCAUGGCUAUACUUUCGUACCAGAAAUUUCAGCCAAAGAAGUAUUGGAAGCAAUUGCUGAUAGCGCUUUCAAAACUUCAGACUAUCCUGUGAUACUUUCCUUUGAAAAUCAUUGUAACCCCAAACAACAAGCAAAAAUCGCUAAUUAUUGUAGAGAAAUAUUUGGAGAUAUGCUAUUAGAUGCUCCGCUAGAUGCUUUCAAAGUAGAGCCAGGAAUACCUUUACCACCUCCUUCUGCCCUUAAAAGAAAAAUUAUCAUCAAAAAUAAGAAAAAACACCACCACCAUCACCAUAAAAAAAAUACACCUGAAGUACAGUCUCCUCCACCAGAAGCACCUUCUUCUAAUCCAGAGAUUGAGGCCACUGGAAAUGGCUCAAUAGCUAGGCAUCCUCCAUUGCAAACUAGACAGAGCUCUAAAGAAUCAACUGGUACAGAAGAUGAAGGAAGUACAAGCGAAGAAGAGAACGAAUCAGUUAACGAACCAAUCGAACCUACAGAAAUCAAAGAAGCAGGAGGCAAGAAACAGAGUGAAACUGAAGCAGUUGCUGAAAUAUCGGCUCUAGUUAAUUAUGUACAGCCUGUUCAUUUCUCUAGCUUCGAGAAUGCUAAAAAAAAAAAUCGGUGUUAUGAAAUGUCUUCGUUCGAUGAACGACAAGCUACUUCUCUCCUGAAAGAAUAUCCUGUACAAUUUGUCAACUACAACAAACAUCAACUUAGUAGAGUUUACCCUGUGGGCACUCGAUUUGACUCCUCCAAUUUUAUGCCUCAAGUGUUCUGGAAUGCAGGCUGUCAACUGGUAGCCCUGAAUUAUCAAACGUUAGAUCUGGCAAUGCAGCUAAACCUAGGCAUUUUCGAAUAUAAUUUCCGUUGUGGUUAUCUUUUGAAACCCGAGUUUAUGAGGAGGACAGAUAGGAGAUUUUAUCCAUUUGCCGAAUCAACUGUUGAUGGGAUUAUAGCGGGUACUGUUAAAAUAACUGUGAUAUCUGGACAAUUUUUAUCUGAUAAAAGGGUUGGUACUUAUGUUGAGGCAGAAAUGUAUGGUCUUCCCGCAGAUACGGUCAGAAAAAGGUUUAGGACGAAAGUAGUGCCUAACAACGGAAUCAAUCCUAUUUAUGAUGAAGAACCUUUUGUCUUCAAGAAGGUUGUGUUACCUGAAUUAGCAUCUAUAAGAAUAGUAGUUUACGAAGACUCUGGAAAAUUCAUUGGUCAUCGAAUUCUUCCAGUUGUCGGUUUGUGUCCUGGCUACAGACAUGUUAAUUUGAGGAACGAAAUUGGUCAGCCCCUCCCAUUGGCAACUCUUUUUCUUCAUGUAGUUGUGAAAGAUUAUGUUCCAGAUGGUUUAUCAGAUUUUGCCGAAGCUCUAGCGAAUCCAAUCAAAUAUCAAAGCGAGUUGGAGAAGAGAUCGCAGCAGCUAGCUGUACUCACAGAAGACAUGGAACCGGUUGAAGGAGAAGGGAAAGAACCUCAAAAAAAAUGUCCUACCAGUAAAGUUACGAAAGAUCAAGCAACGAAUGGAAGUCCAGUGCAACGAUAUUCUCUACCAACCGGAGCUCAGUCAAUGGAAGUCUCGAAUGAUGUUGAAUCCAGUAUACCUGCCACCUGCAGUGGAGACCUUACCACUGAUUUUACAACAAACACCAACUCACUGCCUAAAUCAACAGAUAUCAAGCCAGUACCUGAGCCUGCUGAACAAAUAGUGGCAGAACCAUUAGAGAAAUUGCUGGCAAAUAAAUUGGUUAAAGAAAAGAAAUUAGAAUUAGAGAAGAAAUUAGAUACUCUCAGGAAAAAACACGCCAAAAAGAAAUCAACAUUUCAAACCCAAAAGUCAAGCGAAUGCGGUGAAAAAAGACCGAAAUUGAUCAAUAUAAAACUAGUCAAGAGACUGUCUAGUAAAAAUAUGAUUUCAUUCUGUUCCAGUAUAAGUGGUGUGUUUUCAACAGAAUCUCCAAGUAUAGAACCUUUGACAGAUGUUGCGGAUGCUCCAGAAACUACUGAAGAUGAGAAACCUAUGGCUCUACCAAGAAGCCAAUCAGAACGACUCUUGGCUAUCAAUAAAGAUUAUAUGUUACAAGAGAGAGAACUUAGGGAAAAAUAUCAUGAAAUCAUCUCCAAUACAAUUGAAAAAGUAAUGAAAGUAUCACAGAGCAACCAGGUGAAAAUAUUGAAGGAACAAUACCAAAGAGACACAACAGAACUGAUGAGAAAACUGGACGCUUAUCAUCGGGAAGAGAUCAAAGCUUUGGCCCGAAAACAUCUGAAUAAGGAACAAUUUACUAGAAUUAAAAAAGAGGUAGAAUCUGCUGUUGUCAACAGAGGUGUAUCUGAAAGAGAAAAACUUUCGCAACAAUUCAACGAAAAGCAAGAUGAUUUGACAAGGCAGCAUGAAAAUGUCAAAGAAGCUGUCAACGAUUAUAGAUCAAAGGCGAAAGCUGCAUUAUCUAGAGAAUUUGAAGUUAGAUUAGCCAGAUUAGAUGGAGAAGCCAGUGGAGGUAGCCAAAUCGAAUGUACAAAUUAAUUGAAACACUAAAUGUAUAUAUUUGAAUAUAUGCUAAGGAAGUAUUCAUAUUCUCGAUGACAUUGAGUAUUUGUAUCGGUGUAAAUGAGCAAAAAUAUAAAAUGAACGAGAUAACUGUACAGAUGUACAGAAACCUAAAUUGUUAUAGCUUGGAUAUUUCAGUAUUGAUAUUGAUCAUAAAGAACAUAGUAUAAAGCAAUAUAAAAUUAAUUAUAAAAUAUAUCGAAAAUUGUAUUAUACAAUCAGUUUCUACUUGUUAGUCCUCAUCAUAAUAUAUUUUAUUUUGUAAAUUUUAAUCUCUACCAACUAAUCUUGAAAAAUAAUUAUAAUGUCGAGGAAUCUGAAUACUUCGUAAUAAUAAUAAUAAUGAUCGUUUUAUGCAUUUUGAAGCCACGUGUAUCUUAAACAAAUCAAAAUAUUCAUUCGUAUUUAAUUCUUCUUCAGAAGAUUAUCUGAUAUUGUUUUGAAAGGUACCUUGUACAAAAAUGUAUCAUGCUCUGAAAUUUUUUUGGUGCAUCAUUCCUAGUUUUUACUUACAUUCCAUCAUAAAAAAUUCAUUCAAUUUCAGUAAGUACCAACACUCGCUAUGAGAUAUUUUUUAUACGUGUUAGUUGUUAAAUAUUCUCUGUCGUUUUAUUAUUUUACAAUUCUUCAUCUCAGAAAAUGGGAGACCGAGGAAAUGAUAUAUGCGAUGAAUUUUCAUUGAUAGUGAUAAAAUUGAAAUAUCCCCUACAUUAUGAAACUCAUGAGUGCAAUGUCUCAGGUCCAUUUACCAAUACUCGAAAUCAAACUAAAGGACCCCGCACGGUUUCUAUGGAAAAUGGGUCACAGUCGAAUUGGCUGAAAAUUUAGUAUAAUGUAGUUUAUGAAGUCCUGAUCAAAUGUCUCCCUGGGCACAACAAGAUCUAAUGUACAGUUUUUGAGAUACAGGGUGUCAAACAUGCAGAGAGAGGGUUGUUACUUACCUUUAGAAAAUCAAUAAUGUGGCGAUUUUUUUGUUUCAAAAAGUUGAAGAUAAUAAUUACAAUCUCAAUAUUAUCGACACGAGUUGUAAUAAGAAGUAAUAAGACUCCGUAUACAGGGUUAUUAAUAAUUACAUAAUUUUUAUGUAAUUCUUCGAACAAAGUCAGUCUAACGCAAAAGCUCGUAGACUUGCAGAAUAAGUAAAAAACAUUUGAUUUUAAUAUUGGGUGAUCUGAGCUUACUAUUAUACGGGGUCUUCCACUUUUUUAGUUGUAGUGAUUGAAUUUUUUUCAGGAACAUAUAGAAAAAUUAAACAUAAAAGUAGAAAACUAAAUAUAAUAUGAUCAAUAUUCUGCGGCUCUUGUCUAUUUGUUGCAUCUUGUACGGAUCCUGGUUGACCGCAU